CAAGCAUUCUAUAACGUUUAGAAAAUAAAAUAUUAAAACCGUUUUAGUAUCUAAAAUCCCUCGUGUCUCCUAUAUAAACAUUCUUCAUCUCUUUACAAUUAUUCUAACUUCAAAAAAACAUCCGCCAUAAAAAAAAAAUACAAAAGUCCAAAAAAAUGUCUUCAUUGUCUGUAUCAAAACGCAUUGUUUCCGUCUUUGCCAUGAUUUCCAUACAAUUCGUCUUUCCACGCAGUGUUAUGUCCCUGAAUCAAACCAAUUCGCUGAAUCAAACCAAUGCUUAUCUGCACCACACAUGCAUCAAGAGUCAAGGGACGUACAAGCCGGGGAGUCCAUAUGAGGAAAACCUCAACCGUGUCGUUCGUGCUAUCUCUAUCUCAAUUUCUAACUACGGUUUCGUCCAUGGCUCCAACGGUGAUGCUCCCAAUACAGUUUUCGGAAAGCUCCAGUGCCGAGGUGACUCGUAUUCGUCCAAGUGCCGCUCUUGCCUCAACACUGCCUUCUCCGAGAUUCGUCGUAAAUGUCCGAACAACAAAGGGGGAAUAAUAUGGUACGACAACUGUCUUCUCGAGAUAUCUCCAAUUAAUUCCUUAGGCAAGAUCGAUUACGAGAAUAAUUUUUAUAUGUACAACGAGAAGGCCGUGAAUGGCGAUACAAAUUCGUUCAACAAGAAUACGAGGGCUCUCCUCUAUAGGCUGAAAGAGAAAGCAACUAGUAAAGAAAACAAUAACGGCAAGCAGGACUUACCCGAGACUAAGGAGGAAAGGCUCAAAAUGAAGAAGUUGUAUGCGACGGGGGAAGAAAGUCUCGGGAAGAUGAAGUUGUAUGCAAUGGUGCAGUGUACAAAGGACUUAUCGAUUAAAGAUUGCAAUGUGUGUUUGAAUUGGAUUAUGGCAAAACUUCCCACAUGCUGCAAUAAUAAGCAAGGGGGAAGAGUUUUGAGUACGAGCUGUAAUUUUAGGUAUGAGCUUUACCCCUUUGUAAAGAAUUGAGACUGUUCAAAAAGAAAAGAAAAGAAUCGAGACUGUUUCGUUCGAUUACGUGUUUUGUGCGAAUAGAAAGUAAAAAGUAAUCUUUGUGCUGU